AUGUCCAUCCCCUCCGCUGAACCAACUUCGGAUAACUUCGAAUAUGAUGUGGCUGCCGAAGGCUGUAUUGAAGGACACAUCGUGGACUUUGGGGGUGUCUUCCUGCCCAUAUUCUACUCGUUUAUCUUUGCCCUUGGCUUGGUGGGGAAUUUGCUGGUGGUGUUUUCCCUUACCACCAGCCGGAAACCCAAGAGCAUCACGGACAUAUAUCUACUGAACCUGGCCCUGUCCGACCUGCUCUUUGUAGCCACCUUGCCUUUCUGGAUUCACUAUGUGAUAUAUGACCAAGGCUUCAACAAUGCCGUGUGCAAACUUGUUACUGCCUUCUUCUUCAUUGGCUUUUUUGGGAGCAUAUUCUUCAUCACCAUCAUCAGCAUUGAUAGGUACCUAGCCAUCGUACUUGCUGCCCACUCCAUCAAUAAUCGGACUGUGCAGCACGGCGUCAUCAUCAGCCUCAGUGUUUGGGGAGCAGCUAUCCUGGUGGCAGCACCCCAGUUCAUGUUCACAAAGCAGCAAGAUGGCGAAUGCCUUGGUGACUACCCUGAGGUCCUCCAGGAAAUCUGGCCCGUGCUCCGCAACGUGGAAGCCAGUCUUUUCGGCUUCCUGCUUCCCCUGCUUAUUAUGAGUUAUUGCUAUUUCAGAAUCCUCUGCACGCUGUUUUCCUGCAAGAACCACAAGAAAGCAAAAGCCAUUAAGCUGAUCUUCCUAGUGGUGACUGUGUUUUUCCUCUUCUGGACACCCUAUAAUGUUUUGAUUUUCCUGGAGACCCUCAAUUUCUACCACUUCUUUUCCAGCUGUGACAUAAAGAAGGACCUGAGGCUGGCCCUCAGCGUGACAGAGACUAUUGCAUUUAGCCACUGUUGCCUAAAUCCACUGAUCUAUGCAUUUGCUGGAGAGAAGUUCAGAAAAUACCUGUACUACCUGUACAGGAAGUACCUGGCUGUUCUUUGUGGCUGUUCGGUCCAUGUCAAUCUCUCGCCACCAGAAUCACAAGCAAGUCGACGGGGAAGUGUUCUGAGCAGCAAUUUUACUCGCUCCAUGACUGAUGGAGAUGCAUCCAUCCUUCUCUGA